AUAUUAGAUCUCGAUCAAAGGUGCAAUCUCAACCAUGAAGCACUUGACCUUCUUGAGGAAAAGAAUACAAACAGCAGCAGCAGUAGUAGCGUUGGAAAAGGAAACAAACGGUGGAUAUACACAGGCGAUAUAUUUGUACAGAUGAAUGAGGAUCAGUGUAGGAAGACAUUGAGUCAUGAGAACAAUCACAUUGAGAAUGAACUACAGACCGAACAGCAAUACCUAAAAGCAAAAGAGGACCAUCUGAACAAGUUAUUACGUGAUGUCAAUAAGGAGAAGGACUUAUACUUUCAACAGCAACAACAACAA